UGUCCUCCCGUCCCUCCUGGUGCCUUCCUAAAACUACUUUUAUAAAAAGGAAAAAAAUCAAGCUCGGACAUGGCGGACAAUUUAAGGAGGCUUACCAACACAUCUUCCUUCAGUGUGCUGCAGGAUAAACUGGAGAGCUGGCACAAAGACUACCAUGUAAGUUCAUUAAUAAGGAAUGAGUGACCUAAAUCUGACCAAAGCACUUGAUCAGUAACAUUGAACAGUCUUAGCUGCUCUAAGCAGGUGAUCUUUUUAAUAACUAAUAGAGGCACCUCUUUAUGUGAAUAAUAAUUGACUAAGACUAUUGCUUAUAUGAUUGCAGUGAAACAAAACUGAUGAAUUCAAUUACUACCCCACUUUCAAUCGUUUUUGGUAAAAUUCUACCUAAAAGGAUUAUUUUUUCCAAAUUAUAUUGUUGUAAGAUUUAAGUACAUAGGACUCUGUGUUUGUUAAAUAGGUACUUGAAGAGAUUUUAAAACAUUACAGCAAAGGAAUGCACUUAUAUCGGUUACAUUGAUUUCUACUCCAGAGUUUGGUUGCUAUGGACGCCAGUCGCCAUGGAAACGGUUAGACUUUUCCAAAGAUCGUUUAUUUUAUUGUUGUGAUGGUUCACGUCCUAUCACUUCCUGUUUGAGACCGGAGGUAGGCUAUUAAACCGGAACCGAAACUUGUCAAAGGUAUGAAGAUGGAAUUUCACUGAAGUUUACCUUCAAUAGUUCUUUUGUGUGUCGUGUUUGGAAUACACUGAGUACAGUUUCACGUAUUUAAUUAUAAUGAUAAUAUCGGCCAGUUUUAACCAUCUGUACAAUAAAGGAGCAAAAAAAGAAGAAACUAAUUAGCUAUGAAAUUAAUAAGAACGACAUCUGGGGACAUUUAAAAGAAAAGAUUGAACUCUGUAUUGCUGAAAGUAAUAAUUCAUAAUUAUAUUACAAUAUACAAUAGUUACUUUGGACAAGCAAUCAAGUCUAUACCCAGCUGCCAUGGCGCUUAAAGGGACAGCUUUAAAAGCUCUUCAGUAGGCUACUGAGUAUUUAAAACCUUUGAACCUCUAUAUUCACCUAACCCUAACCCUGUCACCUUUUUCACUCUUUUAAAUCUUCCAACGGUGACCCUAACCCCAACCCUAACCCGAAGGAAACCUUCCCAAAAGGAUCAAUAAAGUUCUUUCUAAUCUAAUAAUCUAAUCUAAUCCAGUUCCAUUAACAAGGUCAUGGCUACGCUCAGCCAGAGCAUCUCACUAAAGGACAAAGAUAAAUAGAAAUAAAUAGGAAGUAGAAAAGUAUGUCAGAGGAGAUAAACCAACAAAAUAAAAAAAAAAAAAAAAUUAAGUAUGUCAAUAAAAUUGAUUUUAUUAAAAAAAUCAAGAAAGCAAGAACAUUUUAUAGAUCAUAAUCUAUGUUUGCAUAAAUUGAUGAUUAAUUUCCAAUAUUUCUAAUUUUUUGUUUUCUUUGCAAUGUUGUUGUGUUUCAUGAGAUAGUUUUGUGUUUACAGGUGUUUUGUAUGUCAUGAAAUACAUUUCUUUUAAUAAUUUUCUUUUAUGCAUUUUGUGUGUCUCUGAAUUAAUGGGUGUUUCACAAAAUAUUUUUGUGUUUCAUGAGUUUGUUUUUGCAUUUUUGUCAGUUACAUUUGCAGUUUUAAAAGUGUUUUAAAUGUUUUUGUAUCUAAUGAGAAAAGUUAAUGUUAAAAAGUGAAAAUGAGGAAUGGUUUGUGUUUCUUUCACAUCGUUCGUUAUUUAUUAUAUUGAAAUGUAUUACUUUUUCAAGAAUAUGUUUGAUGAAAUCCCUGUCCUUUGGGAAAUGUUUCUUUUGCUCUAGGAAAUUAUUUAUGCAUUUCUUUUCAUGUUCUCACUGUUGACUGUAAAGAUUGUGGUAUAUCUUAAAGACAAAUUUUAGUAUGUAUCAAUUUUGGCGCCCUCUGCGGACAAAGGAGUCUUCACUUACAUUGACCUCUACAUACUUUGAUAAUGAUCUUUGGAGAAAAAAAAAAUCUCAUCCUGGUGGCUUUUGAUAGUCAAAUGUGUCAUAAAAGGGGGAAUAAUGUUUUUCACACUUACAACAAAAAUGCUAAGUUACUAUAUCUGGUGUCCAUACUAGAUGUAUGCUAAGUUUCAAAUCAAAGAAAUGUGAGACCAUAGUCUAUGAUCAAGACUCACUAAAAUAUUUACAUAGGUAUUAUAAGCUCUUCUUACUUGUUCAUCUGUGGUUCUGUCAAAGUGGAACAGCCUGCCUCCAAAAGUGUGAGGUGACACCAUAGACUGUAUAUACUGUGGACAUUUUGGCUCUGCCUUUCAUCAUUCUACAAAUUUAAAGCCAAAAUGCUCUCUAUAUUUCUGAUAUUAUUUCUAAAGUUUUUCCAUAUCUCCCUUCAUUUUGGUGGAGGAGGCAAGGUUUAUGACCUAUACUGCAGCCUGUCACCAGGGGGUGUCGUUUUCAGCAGAUGAAAAAACACGGCAAAAACAUGAAAAAAAAAAAAAAUAGAGAAAAAAUUGCAGGAAAUUGAGAGGGACCAGACGAUGCCGCAGCUUGGUUGAGCGCAGGCUCUGGUACAGGGAUCAACACUGAGAGGAUCUGGAGCUGACAUGAAUAGCCUGGUUCUACUUAAGUUGGCAAUACUGUCUGGGUAGUGAUGGCCACUAGGGACCACUUGGUGUAGACUAUGUAAACAGGAGCCCCUAAAUUAAGGUACAGUUGGGGCUAACUAAGAGCUUGUCUUUUUAAUCAGGGCACAAUCAUAUUUUGAACAUGUGCAUCCUUCAAAAACAGAUUGACUAAGUAGUAACAGUCUCUUACAGGUGAGCAUGGCAGAAUUUGGACUUGCCUGAUUGUGUGUUGUUUGUACCACUGUAGGUGUUUUCCUGUGACCAGAAUCUAAAUCGUUGUUGUGAGCUGAUUGAACUCACUGCCAAAAUUCAGGGACAGCUCUUUGCCAUCCUCAACCUUGCUGCUGCUGAAGGUGAGUUCACACUCCCCUAAUCUAACUUACACAGAAUGACCCAAGUACUCAUAAAAAUUGACCUGUUUCACCCUGUAAUGACCCUGUGAGUUUGUUGACAGCUGUCCUAACAGCUGUAAUCUCAAAACCGAUAAGUGUGAGGGAUACAGCAAUGGGAAAUAUUAACAUUUAUGAUGAAGGAAUCUGUCCUGCCUGCAAAUUUAACUGCCCAAGAUGUCUUUUUUGUUACCUGUCCACUGAUUUCAGCAUGUUUGAAAAACCUUUGAAAUGUCUUUUUAGUGUGUUAUUUCAAAAGAAAAUACAGCUUUUGAAUGUAAGAAUAUCAGAACAUAAAUAAGCUUCCUGUAACACCCACUCUGUUUUGAACACUUUAACAAUCAGGUGGACAUUAUGCUGGAGUGGACACUCUGAAAACACGCCUGCUGCCCUGGCUUGGGACCUGUUUCUCGAUGGCAAGGCCUUCAGUCACUGAUGACACCAGUUUACAACUCAUCCAGGUAACAUCAGCUGUCAUUGGCCCUUAUAAAUCUGCACUUCAAUUUAAUAAAUAUGUAUUUCUUCAAUGCCACAGACAGACACAGAAAGACUCUUAAUAUUUUCAAUAUUUUUUUUGGAUCAGGACUCAGUGGAGAAGGACAGGAGGAUCAGGGAGCUCUCAGCGUCUCAUGACAGUGACGUUCAGAAGUUGGAGACUCAGCUCUGCUCCACUCGUCUGCAGCUGGACUCUGUCAGAUCAGAGUGAGUUUCAUUCUACCAAAAACUUUAAAACCUUUUGCCAAAUGGGCUUAGUUGGAAUCAGACAAGACAUUUCUCCUCAAUGGACAGUUUUAAAGCUUAGCAUUUGACUUGUUCCAAUUAUUUUGUAAGAUUUUGUGUCUUUUUAUUCCCUAAACAUGAAUUAUUGAAAUCAAAAAGUUGUGAUCAAUGCUAAUAUUCACAGAACUGCUGUGUAAAAGCACAACUUCCCAUCCAGUUGCAUCUCUUCCCGGGCUAAGAACAUUUAUUGACUAAAUCGAUUGUUUUAUUGACAACACCAUCAUUUAUUUAUCAUACUGUAACUUGGUUAUUUGACAGUGACAAAUGCAAGAAACAUUGCUUCAUACUGUAUACAAAGCAGAUGACAUCAUACAUACAUUACAAAAAUGCAACCCUUAUCCUUGGUUAGGCUUCCAAGGUUUAAUCAAAAUAACAGAGCAUAGAGUUUAAAAUACUACAACCAUUAAAAACAUACAAUCGGAUCAUGGAAGGUUUGCAAUAUAAUGUAGGACUAAAAAUGAGAUGUACAUCUGAAUAGAUAGAGACAAAUAACAGUCAAACAAUCAACCGUAUUUUUAAGAGUGCACAAGGUGUGCAUAAAUCUUAGUGUUAGUGAGAGGUAGUGUUUGCAGAUCUGCUUCAGUAUCUGCUAAUUCUGCACAUGUAAAAAUUUGUCAUUUCAGGUGGUAAUGCAUUUCAUAGAUUUAAACCUCUUUCUGAGAAUGUUGUUUGACCUCUCGAGUUCUGGUUCCAGGCCUGGCUAGAAGCAUCAUAGUGUGGACUGUUAAAUGUUUGAAUGUUUAAUGCUGUUGUCAAAAUGUGCGUCUCUUAUUUGUUUCACUGUGUGUCCUUUUCUGUGUUAAACUGUGGUGGACUUUGUGAAGUGGAGUAUGUGCUAAGGGAAGAAUUUCCCCAUGGGGACCAAAAAGUCAAAGUCAAAGUCAAAGUACUUUAGCAUUUAGAGAUUUUAUUUUCCCUUUUUUAAGUAGAAAGAAAUCUUUUCAAAAUUAUUAUUGUAUCACAUAAAAAUAUAGUUUUUGAUUUGGUCUGGUCUUGAUAUCUGCUUCCUUUUUGACUCAAGUAAAUUCAGAAACAUCUUGGGGAGCGACACUUUAUUGAUCAUUAUACAUAAUUUUACUUGUUUUAGAUAAUAUCUUCUCAUUUUGGCACUAAAGGUCCCUUUUUUUUUUAGAAAUGGCUUGGUGCAACGUAACCGAGCAGAGUUUUGUGUCUGCAUCGGCACGGUUCAUUUAAAGGUGUAGUUUAGAUAAUCAGCUUUGGACAAAUUAUAUCCACUUUACAUUCAAUUUAACCUAUUUACAGUCUAAACUAAAUAAACUGAUACACAUUGAUUUAAUCAUUCAAUGUCUGUUUUGUUGUAACAGGCUGGUUGAAGCUCAGAAUGAACUAGAUGAGACGAAGAGUAAAUCAGCAACCACUCUGCUGGCCACUGAGGAUGAAAUACUACAGCUGAAGGCAGAGUGAGUGUUACAGUCAAAUACUGCUGAAACAUGGUUGUUAGUGCUCAUGAUAUUCAUCCGCUGAUGUGAAGUGUGUCUGUGUUUCAGUCUGAGGUCGGCUCAUGAGCAGCUGGAGAUUUAUAAGAGGAAGGUGGAGGCUCUGGAUGACAAUGAGCGUCAGGUCCGCUUACUGAGAAAUGAAGUGUCCUACCUGAGCACAGAGAAGGCCAUGCUGCAGGACAGGUAUGACUAUAACACACAUGCAAACACUCUGUAACUUUCAUGAAGACAGAAAAACUCUCCAAAACUGCAGAAAAGUGUGUUUAAUGAGGAUUUAAUUCUCCCUCAGGCUGGUGAGGAGUCGUUCUCCGAGCCCCCUGCCUCUGCUCAGUCGUUCCUCCAGCCCGGUGAGGAGCGAGUCGCCAACCAGAGCUCAGCUCACCAACUCAUCUCGGCACGCUCGACUCGUGUCUCGCUUCAGUGACCUGUAUGCCGUGGAGCGACUCGAGGCUCAGAGUCUGCUGAGACGAUUUAUUUCUGACUUAGAGAUGGUCCAGAAAAUCAUCUUCAUCGCUGUUGUGGUAUGAUGUUGAACUUAUUAAGAGCCACCUGUAGAGAUAGGAGCAUCAGAUGGAUUGAGUUUUUCAUAUCAUAUCAUGCACAAAAAAGAUCCUGCUGUCAUGAGUUUGCAAAACACCCAGUGCAGUUCCAUUUCAGUAUAACUAAACAGCUUGACUUUCAGUAAAAUAUCCUGACAUCCCUCAACAUAAACCAGCUUUGUAACAGUGAUAGACUGCUUCGAUGUCGCUGUAUUGGACAAUGGCAAAUACCCUGUAUGGUGUAUCCCUACUUAUCCUUACUAUAUACAUAUAUAUACAUCUAUAUUAUAUUGGCUGUGAAAUGUCCCUGUAAAGUUGCUAUCAAAGGUUUUUAAAAAGUAAAUAUUAAUUUGUCUUUUUUUCUUCAAGUCAAAAACUGAGGAUUUAUCUGUCUGUCUGAUGAUGAAAUUGUAUUUUUCAUGUUUUUUUUGUGUCAGGAAUCCUUUAAAACAGCGAAACUGGCAUACCGACACUUCAAGCUGCGAGUGAAGAAGACAUUAUCCUCAUCUCACUUUGGUCCAGAGACUCUGGAGGAUGCGGCUGUGGACUACAUAGUCAGAAACCUGGACCUGUAUGAUGUCCAGACCAGCAUAAAUGUAAGACUCAAUAUCAAAUCAGUGUACUUAAACAUUAAAAAAGGUGAUGUUUCAUUCCAACAUAUGUCAUCUCCUCUCAGGAUGUGAUCAACGCCAUGAACGUGAACCCGAGGAUCUCCUUCCCGCCUGAAGUCGACUUUGCCCUCAUCAACACUCUGAUCAGGGAGACAUGCAGGGUUGCCUUCGCCAUGCAGACAUUAGACCUGCCGCUUGAUUUGGCUUUUGCAAGUGAUGGAGAACUUUUCAAUGACAACAAGUCAGUCCUGUCUAAAUUCAAAAAGUUUGUUUGCUUACAGCACCCUCUGGAGAAAUAUAAAUUAAAGGCUCAUGCAUUUCCAUGUUCCUAAAACAUCUGGGGUUAUUUGCUGUCUCUGCCAGAAGAUGCACAUAGAUGUCACCCACACAUGUACCGACAACUCUCUCACUCUGCUGUCCUCUCUGUCCGCCUGUCUGCAGGUAUCGUCGCAGCUAUGACUCAGAGUUCUCCGCUCCUCUGGUGAUGUACCAUGUGUGGCCUGCUUUGAUAGAAGGAGAUAUUCUUCUGGUGAAGGGCGAGGCUGUGACCAGAAGAGGAGCUCCGGUACUGACUCUUUAAUUUAAUUAGCCUUUAGUCAGGUUAAAAAAAACAUGGAAAAAACACAAAACACUCAAAGAAACUGCCAGUUGUUGAGCAUGUUGAAAAGCAUGUUAACUACUUAAAAAUAUCUAGUGUCAUCAAUAAAUCUAGGGUGCAUUAACUAUCACAAAAACAUCUCCAGCAAAUAGAAAUCUUGACAUGAAAUCAGCUGGAUCAUGACGAUGUUUUCAGAGUUUAGGGACCUAAAAACAUAAAAGACGAUUUAAUCCUUUAUUCUUGACUUUUGGGGUCUGAAUGUAUGCAUGCAGGUUAAUCUAAGGCAGGAUAAUUCAAGAACUGCUUCUUCACCCAAUCAAUCAAUCAUCUAUCUAUCUAUCAAUAUUCAUCUAUAUAGCACCAACUUACAACAAUUCUCCCCACAGUGGAGCAGAAGCAGGAGCAGAAGUGCCAGCCCUGUGAGAUCCCGCUCCCUCAGCCCGACCCGCAGUCUUGUAAGUCCUCAUGAUAUCUGACGAUGAAUCAACCACACAGAGAUACAGAUUUCUUUCUUUUGUUGCUCUGCUCUCAUUAGAAUUUAUAGAAAUGUUAAACUCAGAUGCUUCACUCUGUUUGCUCGCAUGCAUCCAUGGCACUAAGGGUAUGUUCCUUUAAAAAAUAAAAGUAAAAAACAACAAGCUGUCUUUAGGUUUUCUUUUCUGGUUUAUUUGGUAAAUAUAAUCAACCCUGUUUCUUUUCUUUUAGGCAUUUAACAGCAAAAGAAGUCUGUCUCCAGACCGUUUAAGAGCCAGCCUCCUAUGAACUUUGUCAACAGGAGGAAAAUAUCACACAGUACCUCAUGUCAGUGAAAUAAAGUUGAAGGUAUUUGUAGUUUUGUUUUGGUUACACUGUUUCUUUGACCAAAUAAAGCCACAAAAUAGUGUACCACACUGAAGUGACCAAAGUUUAAACAGCACAAGGUCAUUUUAAUAGGAUCCUGAUAGUAUCUGAAGUCGACAGGUUAUUGGUUACAUUUACAGCUGAAAUAUGUGGAACUUUUUGCCCCAUGAACUACUUUUGAAGAAACUGAAGAAUUACCUCAGUCAGUUUUUGUUUGUGUUUUACCCACAAUCCAAAGGUGCAUUAUGAUAAAACAGAUAAGUCUGAUGAUAGUUAUGACAUCUUAUUUCGGGACACUAAAAAUGAGACAAUAAUAAA